AACGCAACGCAAUGGACAUAUUCACUAUGUUUUUGAAAUUAAUUUCAUCAACAAAGCAUCAAAUAUAACCCAAUUCUAUUUGAAUUAGACUUUGCCUCAAGACAAUUCACCAUUCAAUACCAUAUACUCCAACCUUCUCCCAGUAUUUUGCAAUCCCAAAUUCAUAUCAUUAGUAACCAACCACUGAUCUCUCAUCCAAAAUUAAAACAUUUAUUCAUAUUAUUAUUAUCCAAAUCCCGAUCUUCACCUUCUUCAAUAACACCUUCUAUUUCUUCAAUAUUAGAAUUGAUUUAUAAAGAAUAAGCCUGCUUCUAACUCCAAAGUUUAAGGCGUUCCUCUCCCGUUAGUGGUUCAAUUUGCACACCAUCUGCUCGACAAAAUUCCUCUGUUAGAUUCUGAAGGAAUUGAGAUUGGUGAUACAAGAUGGUCAAUGCCACUAAAGGAUUGUUCAUAUCCUGCGACAUACCCAUGGCGCAGUUCAUAAUCAAUAUGAAUGCUUCACUGCCUACAUCACAGAAGUUCAUUAUUCAUGUCUUGGAUGGCACCCAUCUCUUUGUGCAGCCCCAUGUUGCUGAAAUGAUUCGAACCGCCAUCGGCGAAUUUAGAGACCAGAACUCCUAUGAGAAGCCCUCCUGAUUCAUUCUUCUUUUUGUUUUCUUCCUCGGACAAUGUAAAAUGCAUAUCAAGAUGCACUUGUAAGAACAAUUUUGUUACCUUUGUUGAAUUUUAUGGAUGCUUUUGUUUAGAGAUGUUGAUCUCAUUAGUUGAAGUUCUUUACACAUUCA